AUGCGCCCCAUUUUAGCACCGCAUUCACCGCUGAGGCGAGAAGGUCGAAGGAAGGAGAUUCAUGGUGUUUCUUUCUGGAGGCGACGCCUACCCCAUGGGCACUGGAGAUCCCUACUACCGUUGCAACAAGAUCAGCCAGAAAAAGAUCAGCCAGAACACAAUUUCCAGCACCAGUGGGAUUCUCAUCAGUCACUCUGGGAGCAAGCACAGAAACUUGCUGCUGAGAAUGAUCUAUCUCCCUACGAAACGGGAAACUAUACUGCCGAAUAUGCCUUGACGGAAUUUCUGGCGGGUCCAGCGGCUCCCUAUUACGAUGCACACGACAAUCACAAACUCGUCUUUCCCAUGGGCGACCAAAAAGAGGCCAUUUGUGAAUUCCAACAUCAUCGGAAUGGAUCUCAUCACUUUCCACAUUCCAUGCAACAAUUGUUGAGAUGCUUUUCCUGGUGGCAAGCCAAUCCACAUCAAACGCCCGUCUUGCUAUUCGACCGGGAAAAACUCGUCAAACAAAAAGCCAAGUUCGUACUGGGGUUCCUACGACUGUUACAAGAUGCCUUUGGAGUUUCUAUCGUGCGCCACAAAAACACCACAACCAUUGCCAAGUCCGUCUACACGCUCACGGAAGGACGAAAUCCCGUGCGACGAUCCAAACGACGCGGAAUUCUCAAAGACCAAAACCGCAUCUACUAUCAAAUGAGAUCGACCCAAGAUGCACAGCAACUCCGACAAGGACUACUCCAACACUACCCCAAUAUUACGACGAGUCAUGCCGGUUGUGGUUCCUCGGUUCCCAAAAUUGGGAUUUUGAAUCGCCAGUGCAAAGACCACACCUGCAGCAAAGGGAGUGGACGACGCAUUCAAAAUCGUCCCGCCAUUUCCAGUGCCAUCAAAAAGGCACUUCUCCCACAUUCCAACAACAAUUCCAACAAUACCAACAACAAUCCUAUUCACUACCUGUCGUCGUUUGAUGGCAUGUCCUUUUUGGAACAGGUCACAUUCAUGUCCAACAUUGACAUUCUCAUUAGUCCGCAUGGAGCCCAACUCACUGGCAGUGCCUUUCUGCCAUCUUGUGGAGGAAUUCUGGAACUCUUUCCCCGUGGCUAUCACUUUCCAGACUUUUUUGGAACCUUGGCAGCGGCCACAGGACACUUUCAUCGGUCCAUCUACACGGGCCGCCACGCCAAUCGAACCCGCGAUGUGGACUACUUUUCCUCCACACCCGCCUUGCGGAAACAAACGCGGUUACAACCCGUACACGCCCAUCCCCCAAUGGUGGCCCUUGCCGUACGAGAGCUCAUGGUGCAAUGGCAAUCGUGUUGUCAACAAACACGAACAACAACAACAACAACAACACAAACUACAACUGCUGCUUCAGUGGUACAACAGAUCACACCACAAACUUUGUAG